AUGUGUAAUGACGAUCAACUGUCUGGUUUCGCUACGUCUUACUCCUUUCUUUCACAACAUCUGGGCGCCUGGCAACCGAUCUAUGAAGUCAAUGCGCCUCAGUAUUGGUUGAGAAAUUUCCAGUAUCGUCUUCGAAUGUUUAAGACCUGUGAUGGCGAGUACCUCUUUAGUAGAGUGGGGAAAAUUGGUCAUUGCAGAGACAAAGGCCGCUUCCCUAACAGCAGAAGUACGAUAGGCGUGCUAGGGGCAGCGUCUCCUUGGUUCUACGAGAGACGCGUAUCAAUACUCAAUCUUCUGGGCAGAGAAUACAAGCCGCGUAGAAUAGUUGUGAUGGAUGACAAUAACUAUCCGCAAUGGGAGGAGGCUAAAUUUCUGGAAAGCAGCUUGCCCCCAGAUGAUCAGCAAGCUCUUGAGCUACUCAUCCGACAUUACCACACCGAGUGGGAAAAGGACUGGCACAGUUGUUUAGAUAAGAUUGACAUUUCGACGACAGUAACGCUCGAAGACAUCUCAGACGAUGCGAAGUUUGACACCUGGAUGUUUGACGGGCCAAGUCUUGAUCGAUCACGAUUAUAUUUUGCCGCUCUCCAACAACUUCGUAUAUUCUCUGCUCAUAUCAAGGAAACAGUACGAGUUGCUGAACGGAUACUGGAAGGUGUCAGGCAAGAUCGAGAGCAUCCAAAUUCGCAUGAAUUCUGGAAGCGUAUCCUCGCGCCCCUAAAGGAUGCCGAAAAGGGACUUCUCAGCCGUAUCGACAAAAAGACAGAGGAUAUCAAGACCCUCAGAGAUGGGCUAUUCAAUUCAACGUCUGUACGGGAGGCAACAAGGUCUACCCAGAUGAACAGAUAUGUCAUUGUCUUUACGAUCGUAACAGUCUUGUAUACGCCUCCAAGUUUCGUAUCGACUUUGUUGGCUACGCCUUACUUCACAAAACGUGACCCCGAGGAGCUCAAGCAGGCCAUUGCAAUCGCUACGGGGACCACGAUUGUAGCUGUCCUGGUAUUCCUCGCUUUGGCGAACUCGUUCAACAAUAUUUUUGAAGGUGCAGAUCAUCAGCUCCAGCGAAAAAUACGGGUGGCCUGGAGAAAAAUCCGGAUAGCCCGGAGACAGAUCCUGGAAGCAAAACGUUUGACAUGGGAAGUUUUUGGAACAAGAUCACGCAGGAAUGGAUCUCCCAGAGAGGAUAUUGAGAUGAGUUGA